UUUUUUUAUUUCAUUUUUUUUUUUUUUCUGUUUUUAUUGAUGAUUUUUUCUUCAUUUAUUACUCCUCUUCGUCCAAACCUGUUUUCGGUUCUCUCUUUAUUUUUUCUCUCUCUCUCCUGCUUUCAUCCCAUUCCACUACACCGUACAUCUCGAUCUAUAAUCAACUCGUAUAGCAUAAACACCAUGUCGCCCUUCCUCUCCACCUCUUUCUUAUACUUGGUUUCCUGGUCCUCUUCCUUCGCCAUGAGCACUCGUUGACCUCACCCACCCUUGACUCAUCUCAAGGUUCACGGUCUGCUGGUUCCAACGUCAUCCCGGCACCAUUAAAACGCCACUGCUGGCAUCACAUCCUUAUACCGGUGGCCAACUCGCAUCUUCUCGACUCUUCUAUUUCGGCUUCCUCCAUCACACGUUCACUCUCUUCUCAUCCAGCUGCAUCGUUAAGUCCUGGACCGAUAUCAUCUGCCAACGAUCUUUCCAUCGUCGUUCCGUCCAUCUCUCGAGAAGCUAUAUAUAAGCUAUCUAGAUACUAUACUAUCUUUGAUAUACGAUUAUCAUCCCGGGUCUAUUGCCCCACCAUCAAGUCCAGCAUCUGUGACUCACCAUCGGCUAUACCCUCCACAUCCCUUGCUACGAUCUGAUUUAGAGAGCGUCUGAUCGUCAUGGCGCCUCCCACGCCUCUUCGGGUGUCCGUUCGCACCGCGAAUGAGCAUCGUCUCGACACUCGCUCCCCUCCCGUCACCCCGAGGUCCGGCUUCUCCAGUGUCUCUCUAUCACCAAUCGACGACAAGCGCAUCGACCAGGUCUCCCUCCAUCAAGACCUCUCUGCGCCCCUCGAGUUCCGCGACAGCCUGGAAGUCCAGCAUGACUCCCACGGCAAGCCAUUCGAAUAUGGUCGCGGAGUUUGGAGCGUCGUCUACAAGGCGUCGUCUCGCCCGCCCUCGAACUCCAGUCUGCUCACCCCGCCCAGCUCCCCCGCACCCGGGAAUCACAAGGUCGCCGUCAAGUCGCCCUCGCGACGGGAUGCCCAUGUCGUGCUGGAUGCCGAGGCCCUGGCCUUGAGCCGAAUCAGCCUGUUCUCGGGCUCCGACAACUACGUCGUCCCCUUCCACGGAUACAUCCCAGGAGAUCAUGCCAUCGUCCUGGACGCCGUGCCCCUCUCGCUCGCCACCUAUAUUGAAGACAAGGCCGCCAUCGCCAAACAGAACAUGUCCACCCGAACCAUGUUCGACCCCGCCCCAGGAAUGGCCUCUUGGAAAGCCCUGGCCACGAAGCUCAUCCGCGGGCUGUCCUGGCUGCACAACACUCCGCAUAUCGUCCACGGCGACAUCAAACCACACAACCUCCUCCUACGUCCGCUCGAGGACGAGGAGACGGACUUCCCGUUCACGCCACUGUUCGCCGACUUCUCCUCCGCCCAUAUCAUCGCUGGCCCCUCUCUAUCGGCCGAAAAGAACCAACCUGGGACCGCCCUGACGGCCCUCACGCCGCCCUUCGCCGCUCCCGAGCUCCUCACCGUCUCGUCCCUGACCUCCCUGGACGUCCGACCCACGCCCGCCGCCGAUGUCUUUUCCCUGGCGGUGACCCUCCUCGCCGCAGCUACCGGCGACUUACUCCUCUAUCCAGGCACCAGCAACAUGCAGCGUCUGGCCAUGGCUCGCGAAGGCCACCGCGUCAUUGAGUUCGCCCGAUCGGGGGCCCAUGGCUCGCGCGUGCCCCGGAAUGGUCUGGUCGAACAGAUCAUCAAACCGGCUCUGGCGAAGGAUCCAGCCGAGCGGAUCAAUCCGACUGAUUGGUUGAAUUUGGUGGAAAGUCUGGCGUGAAUCAUCUAUAGAUAUGGAUGAGUGAUCUUAUUGGAUUUUGUCUGCUAUUUGAAAGAUGAUUUCUUUUUUAAUUCCCCCCCAUUUUGCAUCAUGUAUAAUAAAGAUACCCGGUUGGAUUCAGUCCGAGAUUUAUAUUGGAUCUGAAUGUCCCUUUUUUAUUUUUUUUUUUUUCUUUUACUCUUUUCAAAUCUGUCAUGUGAGUUUCUGUAUGCUACAAAUCAUGUAUCACCAGGACUUGACUUUGAAUGUUCC